AUGGAUGAUUCUUCUGAAACAAAACUUAACCAGCAGUUAACAUUCAGUUACAAAAGCUUUGCUGUUUCACCUCAGUUUGCUGAUGGUUCAUCAUCAAGUGACUUCACCUGCGACUUCAAUAAAAACCAUGAUCUCAGCCACGUCCCAAAGGAGAUGCCUCUGAUACAGCUGGCUUCUGGUUGCCCAGAUUUGUCAGACCAAAGCCUUUCUGACCUCAAAGAGACAGAAAAGCCCUGCUCCAGUCAAGAGCCACUCCCGCUGUAUAUUGUAUCUAUCAUCUUUGCCCUUGGAUUGACUUUUGCCCUGAUCCUGCAUGUUUACUUGGGGGAAAGUUUGGUGUUUGUAAAAGGUGUGUUAGUGUCAGAUCAUGAGCGCUGCACUGAACUUGGCCAGAGAGUCCUUCAUGAUGGUGGAUCCAGUGUGGAUGCAGCCAUCACUGCAGCCCUGUGCUUGGGUGUUGUGCAUCCACAUAUGUCAGGUGUUGGUGGAGGUGGGGUGAUACUGGUUCAUGACAUCCACAAGAAUAAAACCAGGGUGAUAAAUUUUCAAGGAACAGCACCUAAAACGCUUAAAGAGGAGAUGCUGCAAAAUGUUUCAGAACUAAAGGCAGGUCUGUACGUGGGAGUGCCAGGUAUGCUCAGAGGUUUACACCAGGCUCACAGCCUGUAUGGGAGUCUAUCAUGGGUGGAUGUGACCACUCGAGCUGCUGCUGUUGCCAGAGAAGGUUUCAAUGUGUCUUUCAGUCUCGCUGAGGCUCUAUCAAAGGUAAAAGGUGAGCAGCUGUCGCAACGUUUCAGGGACAUCUUCUUUCCAGAUGGCCAAGCUCUGCGUCCCGGUUCCUAUCUGAGGAUGCCCAGUCUGGCUGGAGUCCUGGAGGCGGGUCUGUCGAACUUCUAUGAUGGAAACUUCUCACAAGAGAUUGAGGAUGAGGUGCGAGCUAAUGGAGGGGUCCUGAGUAGAGACGACAUCAGUAACUACAGUGUGCAAGUGGAGCAGCCUGUGGAAGGCUUGUACAAUGAAUUUAUUAUUCAAGUUCCUCCUCCCCCAUCUGCUGGUGCUGCGUUGAUAUCAGCGCUCAAACUUUUGGAGGGCGCCCGUCUCAGUGAGAACAAUAACACAGAAAACCAAACAUACCACUGGAUUGCUGAGGCUCUGAACGCAGCUUUGGCUAUGGCCAGUGGUUUGGGUGACCCUAAAUAUAACUCUUCAGUGACUGAGCUUCUCUCCGACAUGCUGAGCAUGAGCCAAGCUGAAGUGCCUCACCAGAGGAUCAAUUACUCUACUGUCCACUCCCUGCAGACAGAGCUGUGGGCUGGACAAGUAGCAGUCAUGGGACCGGAUGACCUCGUGGUGUCAGUAGCAAGUUCCUUGAACAGGCCAUUCGGGAGCAGAAUCACAACACAGUCAGGUGUGAUUCUCAACAGCCUCAUCCUUGACUUCUCCUGGCCAAACAAAACACGAGAGCAACUCAUAACCAAUCAGAAAAACAGAGUCCAGCCAGGAAAGAGGCCCCUAUCAUCUCUCAUGCCCACAAUAGUGGUGCCUGGGAGGCAUAAAUGUGGGAUCCACGCAGCACUAAGCAGUUCAGGUGGACAACAGAGUUUGAGUGUGAUCAUCCAGGUAUUGAUGAGUACACUGUCCCUCCAUAAAGAGAAAAAUGACAGCCUCUCUGUAACGAGACUCCAUCCCCAACUUCAGCCAAACAGACUUCUUGGUGACUCUGAGUUUCCAGAGGAUGGUGUGCAGUUUCUGGAUGAGAAGGGCCACAAAGUUCAAAGCAUGAGGAUGAACUCUGCUGUCCAGGGGGUCCUGAGGAACAAAGAUAACAUUACAGCCAUAACACUACCUCAAUUGUCUCAUAGUUUGACAUAG